AUGGAAGUCCCGGCUACAGGCGAUUCUAUGGAGAUGGCUUCACCCUAUCAAGGGCAGGUUGACGAUUUCGACUUCGAUAUCGACCUCAUGGAGGACCAUGUCUCGAACAUGGACAGUGAAAUGAUGGGUGCAGAUGAAUUUACAAGUACCUCCCACCCCAACGAACUCAACAAUGACGCGAUCUACGAUGCCGACAUGGCCGAUGAACCCUCCGAAGGAUCGAUGAUCGACGCUGACAACUACGCCGAUGAAGACAAUGAUAUUGACGUUCAGUUUGAAGAAGAGCCAUACGAAGAAGAAAUGAUUGAGACUGAUCAGGCCGAAGACGUCAAUAUUGCCACUCCUGUCAUUCAUCUUGAACCUGCAGGCAGCAUCGAAGACGCUACCAGCACCGUCAAGGGGGAUGCUACAGUCACAAACGUGGAACCCCUCGAGGCAGCACCUCAAGGCUCAAGUGGCUCUGUGGAACUUGCUUCCAUUCAAAAUGAAGCUCAGGCUUCUGGAGCUGAGGGCCUAGACACGCAGGCCCAGCUAAGCACGGCUGAUGCUGAUGACCUUGUUAAGGAACCAUCUGAAACCUGUAUCAGUUCCGAAACCAGCGGUCAUUAUGGAAAGUCAGAGAUUGGUGAAGAGGCUAAUGAGACAUCACACCCUGCUGUGUCAGAGACUGAAGCAACGCAAGUUCACAAGGAAGACUCGGAGACUAGUCAAAUCAAACAUUCCACCGAAGAUAACCACACUCAUAAAGCUGCGCACCCAGAAGCGCAGCCUUUGUCUGAGGAAAAUCACCUGGUUGCAGAUGAGGAUACAUCUCUUCAACACGUCGCAUACAUCGAUGAGUCUCUUCAUCCAGUCAAAAUUCUGUAUCAGGACUGUGAGAUCGCUCUGUUCCCUCCCCUUGAGGGAGACUUGGCGGACACCUUCUUUAUUGAAGAUGAAGCUUUAGCUUACGAGAACAUUGGUGAAAUCUUCAAGGCGCUGCGCCAUGUGCUUCAAAAAACAAUGGCAGGCAAUGAGGUCCUGGUCAUCGAUAUUGACACCCUCGGUAUCCAAAUGACGGAGGACUCAUUCCAUACGUCUCAGGUUACGUUGCAACAGAUCCUAGAUCUUUAUCUUAGACUUUGUCGAAAUGAUGGUACCACCGAUCCCGAUGCACUCUAUCUUACGCUGAGCACUAAGCGUGCGUUCCCCGCCGAGAUCGCAGAUCUCAAUGACGCUGCAAUUGAAGGCAAGAAACUUUCCGAGCUUCAUUUUGAGCUUCAUACAUGGGAUGAAUACGAUGAAGUCGAAGCAGGUUCCGAUGAGGACCUUGGCGCCCAUGGGGCUGAGGAGCACGAAGACGAAGUCUUCUACACCGCCGAGGCCGAAAAAGAGCAGUCAAUCGCGGAAGUGCAAACGACUCCAGGACUCGAAGAAGAGCAAGCGCCAAAUAGCGAACAGUCUCAGGUCCAGGCUGAAGUUGUCUCUGACGCUCAACUAGAGAUCUUGCAUGCGCAGGAGAAGGAUAGAUCUGCCUCUAGUGUGCGAAGUGUUGAAGCUGCACCUGAGUCUCAAUCUCAUCUAGUCCAGCCUGAGAACAAAGAGUCAGAUCACUUCGAUGAAUCUCGCCAUAUUGAAAGAGAUCAAGAACACGAUCAUGGCCAUGGCGAUAUGAACGAAGAGCACUAUGAUUCCGAAGGCCGACAAAGCGAUUCUACUGCCACGGUCGCUGCACUGCCUGGCGCAAGCGAUAUCAAAGUGCAUAUCCAUCAUGUCCCUCUGGACGUUGUUGUGGACGCCGGUACAGACCAAGACAACGAGCACUACUACGGAGAGGACCUUGAGAAUAAUGAUCUGGGAGCCGAGGAAUACUAUGAGCACGAGGACAUUGGCUCGGUCGAUGACUCAGAGGCUUUCCAAAAAGAUGUCACUGCCAGUGAAAAUGCUGAUGUUGAUGCUCAAGAACCAGCUGAUCAGACGUCUGUCCUUGAUGAAGACGACACAGAUGAGUUAGAUGCCCCGCCGACAGACGAAUUUGUCUCGGAAAUUCUUCUACAGGAUGAGAACAACCACCCUUCCCAUGACCGGCGGGCACCGCCGCUUGAAAGCGGCUUGAAUGGCGCCUCUGACAAGAAGGAACAAACACCAGAGCCUGCAGAUGAUUUACUUGGAAUCGCUGUAGACCUGACGCAGAAUCCCCCGAAAGACACAGAGGACGAUGCCCUUGAUAAUUUCGAGGGUAUAGACUACAAUGAUCCUGAGGAAGAAUUCGAUGCCCCCCUUGCUGCCGAUGAUGAGGGCGCUGAUUACCAUGAGUUUGACGAGAACCAUUUUGGCGACUAUGACACCCAUUUUGACGAUUCGGAGGCUGUAGAGCUGGUUGGAACAGACCCUUCCUUGUCAAUCCCCCGAAUCAACCAGAGCUUGUCCGCCAAACGGUCUCGCGAUGAUGAAGACGACUGCGACCCGGUGGUUUCCACAGUUGACAUCAAACGUCGCCGCUCUUCGUAA